GUCAUUUCAUCAGCUUCGUCUGUCACAUAAUCACUUCACACACAUUUGGACUGCAACUUGUUUUUUUUUUAUACCAUUUCUAAAUAAUUUCUAAUAAAUUGCGAGUUGGAAUCCCUUCAACAUGUUGACUCGCGCCAUCCGAGUGCGUCCCGUUAUCCGGGGCAUCGCGUCGACGGCUGUUUGGACCCGCAAUCAUCCGGCCCAGAGUUCUCUGAUGCACUACUACCGGGAUCGUGCCACCCGCCUCCAUCAGUUUUAUGGCGCUAACAUGAUGGUGCAGCGCUUCUACAGUCGCAAGCGCGACGACUCUGACCCAGAUCUAGUCUCUGACCAUGGUCCCGAACUGAUCACAGAGCGAGAUCCCCAACUGCCGGCUACUGUGGCUGUUCCCGAUGUCUGGCCACAUGUUCCUCUGCUGGCCAUGCGCAAGAAUCCUCUCUUUCCGCGUUUCAUGAAGAUCGUUGAGGUCUCGAAUCCCAUCAUCAUGGACCUGUUACGGCGCAAAGUGAAGCUGAACCAACCGUACGUAGGCGUGUUUCUCAAGAAGUCUGAUGGCGAGGAGGAGCUCAUCCACAAUCUGGACGACGUCUAUAACCUCGGCACCUUCGCACAAAUUCAGGAGCUGCAGGAUCUCGGCGACAAGCUGCGCAUGGUGGUUGUGGCCCACAGGCGUAUUCGCAUAACCGGCCAGGUGGUCGAGGAUGUGACACCUCCGAAGCCGGUGAAAAUGACAACUUUGCAUUAUCCACUAUUUAAUAUAAAAUUACACAUCCCAGCUGAAGAUCAGACAACUGAGCAAGAGGAUACUCAUGCAAGGACACGGCCCGAGGCGGGACGAAAGCCGCGCGGUCGAGCUCCAAGGCGACCACCGCAAAAGCCACGCGAUCAGGCUAAUAUGGAGGAGAUAGCCCAGAAGCAGACCCUGGAACCGCCAUUAAAAUCUGGCAAAAUUGAUCCAACCUCUGUACUCAAACCUCCGCCCACCCAGGCUAAGAAGGCAGAAACUACCGCAGAGGCGGGAGCCGAGGGAGAUGAUAAGGCGGCUUCCGGCCCACAACCUAUUCUCGUCGUGGAAGUGGAGAAUGUGAAGCAGCCAGUUUAUAAGCAAACUGAGGAGGUCAAGGCUUUGACGCAGGAAAUCAUCAAAACUCUUCGCGACAUCAUCACCAUGAAUCCCUUGUAUAGAGAGAGCCUCCAGCAGAUGCUGCACCAGAACCAACGGGUUGUCGACAAUCCCAUCUACCUGUGCGACUUGGGUGCUUCCCUGUCCGCUGGUGAGCCGGCGGAACUGCAGCGGAUUUUGGAAGAGACGGAUAUCCCAGAGCGACUCCAGCUAGCCCUGACCCUGCUUAAAAAGGAGCUUGAACUUUCGAGACUGCAACAGAAGAUCGGCCGCGAAGUGGAGGAGAAGGUGAAGCAGCAGCAUCGCAAAUACAUACUUCAGGAACAGCUAAAGGUUAUCAAGAAGGAACUGGGCAUCGAGAAAGACGACAAGGACGCCAUUGGCGAGAAAUAUCGCGAAAAACUCAAAGACAAAACUGUACCCGAAAGUAUAAUGACGGUCAUAGAUGAAGAGCUGACCAAGCUGAACUUCCUGGAGAGCCAUAGUUCGGAGUUUAAUGUCACCCGCAACUACCUCGACUGGCUGACCUCGCUGCCAUGGGGCGUCAUUAGUACAGAGAACCUGUGCCUGGAAAAAGCCACCGAAAUCCUGAACAACGAUCAUUACGGCAUGGAGGACAUUAAGAAACGUAUCUUGGAGUUCAUAGCUGUCAGCUCCCUUAAGGGCACUACGCAAGGAAAGAUCCUUUGCUUCCACGGACCUCCUGGUGUGGGCAAAACCAGCAUAGCCAAGUCCAUUGCAAGAGCCUUGAAUCGCGAAUACUUCCGCUUUAGUGUGGGCGGAAUGACGGACGUGGCAGAGAUCAAGGGACACCGACGCACCUAUGUGGGUGCCAUGCCAGGCAAGCUAAUCCAAUGCCUGAAAAAGACCAAGAUCGAAAACCCGCUGGUUCUGAUCGAUGAGGUGGACAAAAUUGGAAAGGGCUACCAAGGAGACCCUAGCUCCGCCCUGUUGGAACUGCUCGAUCCUGAGCAGAACGCCAACUUCCUGGACCACUAUCUGGACGUCCCCGUAGACCUUUCGCGAGUGCUCUUCAUCUGCACAGCCAAUGUGAUCGACACAAUUCCCGAACCCCUCAGGGAUCGCAUGGAGCUGAUCGAAAUGUCGGGGUAUGUGGCCGAGGAGAAGAUCGCCAUUGCACGCCAGUAUCUGAUACCGCAAGCCAUGAACGACUGCGGACUGACGGAUGAGCAAAUCAAAAUCACCGAAGAUGCCCUCAACAUGCUGAUCCGUAGCUAUUGCCGUGAAUCCGGCGUCCGGAACCUGCAGAAACACAUCGAGAAGGUCAUUCGCAAGGUGGCCUUCCGCUUGGUUAAGAAGGAGGGCGAACACUUCCCGGUGAACUCUGAAAAUCUCACCACAUUCCUUGGCAAACAGAUCUUUAGCUCGGAUCGGAUGUAUGACACUACCCCGGUUGGUGUGGUCAUGGGUCUGGCCUGGACGGCCAUGGGCGGCUCAUCGCUGUACAUCGAGACCUCUAGGCGCCAUAUCCGCCACUUGGACAAGCCGGACGCUCCUAUUACCGGUGGAACUCUUCAUAUUACCGGAAAUCUAGGAGAUGUCAUGAAGGAGUCGGCACAAAUAGCUAUUACGGUGGCACGCAACUUUCUGCACUCACAUGAUCCUAAUAAUCUCUUCCUCGAGCAAGAGCACAUUCAUCUGCACGUACCUGAAGGAGCCACGCCCAAAGAUGGCCCCAGUGCGGGAAUUACUAUCAUCACUGCGCUGGUCUCCUUGGCGACAGGCAAGCCUGUCCGACAAGACGUGGCCAUGACAGGGGAGGUGUCCCUCAAGGGAAAAGUUCUGACCGUUGGUGGUAUUAAGGAGAAGACUAUAGCAGCCCGUCGCAGUGGAGUCAAUUGCCUCAUCCUGCCUGUGGAUAACAAAAAGGACUUCGAAGAGCUGCCCACGUACAUAACAGAGGGUCUGGAAGUGCACUUCGCAGCCAGCUACGAGGAUGUCUAUAAGAUAGCCUUUUCCGACACCAGUGACACGACUAGCAAGACAGAUGCUGUAGAACAGGAGCCGCUCCGGAAAAUUUCCAGUGCAGCAGCGGCCAAGUCGACAUAGCUUUAGUUCCAGCCUGGGGGCUGUUCCGGGGUUCGGGUUUGUUCAUCGAUUUUAUUGACAUCGAUCGUUAUCAGGUUAAUUAGUAUACUUAGACCAUAGCAUUUGUUAAAGCUAAUGCCAAGUAAAUUGAAUGUACUGACGAACUGUAAA